GAUAAAUUCGAAAAACAACAUAACACACAAAUCACAAUACAGUACACUGUACAGUAACAAAAAAAAAAUCAAAAUCGUGAAAAUUAAAGAAACACUCAAACACAACCACACACACAACCGUGACACAACCCUAGCUCGCCCAACCACCGCUUCUCCUCCGCCGUCCCGCCGCGCCCAGCCAGUAGAGCCCGCAGGCCGCAGCUGCCCGCACCCAGCACCCCGAGCACGCAGCCACCCAGCCCAGCACCACACCUCUGCUUGUCUAUCUUAUCUAUAAAACCUAACUCGAUCCAUUUCUUCUGGUAGUUUGCAAAAUAAUCCUCUCUACAGACGCUGCUACGAUCUUAAAUACUGUCUCCGCCGCCUUUCUCUUCUGGCUACCGAUAUUUCGGGAUCUGAUUUUUUCUAAAUCCGGAGACCGCCGGCGAUCUAGGAUCCAACUUCAGAAUUGUAAACUCCAUUACCGAAAUGGGCAAGAAGAAAUCAGAUGAGGUUGCUGCUGGUUCAAAGUCCAAGCAGGGUGGUAAGGAGAAGUUCUCAGUGACUGAAUUACUCGCGAGCAUGGACGCAAAACCUGAUAAACCGAAGAAAGCCAGCACUUCCAAUAAACCUAAGCCAAAAGCUGCUCCUAAAGCUUCAUCUUAUAUUGAUGGUAUAGAUCUUCCUUCAUCUGAUGAAGAGGAUGAUGCUUUGGGCUCUGAGGAAGAGGCCCAACUGAAUGAGGUAAACAGCCGCAGAAAUAUUGUAAGGCCUAUUGAUACUGGUUUAACUGACAAAGCGUUAAAGAAGCGUGGAAAGAAGGAUGUGCUUGUAGCUCAGGCUGCAGAGGUAGCCAAACAGGAGGCACUCAAGGAUGACCGUGAUGCUUUUACUGUGGUAAUUGGUAGCCGGGCUUCUGUACUUGAUGGUGAAAAUGAUGCUGAUGCCAAUGUCAAAGAUAUAACAGUUGAAAACUUCUCUGUUGCUGCUCGAGGGAAAGAACUAUUGAAGAAUACUUCAGUAAAAAUUUCUCAUGGGAAGAGAUAUGGAUUGGUAGGGCCCAAUGGAAUGGGUAAAUCUACCCUGUUAAAACUUCUUGCUUGGAGAAAGAUACCUGUGCCCAAGAAUAUUGAUGUACUUUUGGUUGAACAAGAGGUUGUUGGUGAUGAUAGAACAGCUCUUGAAGCAGUUGUUUCGGCCAAUGAAGAACUCAUCAAACUUCGACAAGAAGUUGCUUCGUUGCAGGAUGCAUCUAAUAUGUCCACUGGUGAUGGCGAGGAAGAUGAUGAUGAAGGGAAUGAUCUUGGAGAGAAGCUGUCUGAAUUGUAUGAGAAGUUGCAGUUGAUGGGAUCAGAUGCUGCUGAGGCUCAAGCUUCUAAAAUUCUUGCUGGGUUGGGUUUUACUAAAGAUAUGCAGGGUCGUGCAACACGGUCCUUCAGUGGUGGUUGGAGGAUGAGAAUUUCAUUAGCCAGAGCACUUUUUGUUCAGCCUACUUUGUUGCUGUUGGAUGAACCUACAAAUCAUCUGGACCUCAGGGCUGUUCUUUGGUUGGAAGAAUACUUGUGCAGGUGGAAGAAAACACUUAUUGUUGUCUCACAUGACCGGGAUUUUCUAAAUACUGUUUGCAAUGAGAUUAUCCAUCUCCAUGAUUUGAAACUCCACCUUUAUCGUGGAAAUUUUGAUGAUUUUGAAGGUGGAUAUGAGCAGCGUCGCAAAGAGGCGAAUAAGAAGAGCGAGGCUUAUGAAAAGCAGCUGAGAAAUGCCAAGAGAUCUGGCAGUCGAACUCAGCAGGAGAAGGUCAAGGAUCGAGCCAAAUUUAAUGCUGCCAAGGAAGCCUCGAAGAGCAAGGGCAAAGGUAAGGUUGAUGAGGAUGAGGCUGUACCGGAGGCACCACGGAAAUGGAAAGAUUACACAGUUGAGUUCCAUUUCCCUGAGCCUACUGAGUUAACACCACCACUUUUGCAACUACUCGAAGUUAGCUUUAGCUACCCAAAUCGUGAGGAUUUCAGACUCUCAAAUGUGGAUGUGGGCAUUGAUAUGGGGACUCGUGUAGCAAUUGUUGGGCCCAAUGGAGCUGGAAAAUCAACCUUGCUCAACCUUCUUGCUGGAGAUUUGGUUCCAACUGAGGGUGAGGUGAGGAGAAGCCAGAAAUUGAGGAUAGGUAGAUACUCACAGCACUUUGUUGAUCUCCUGACAAUGGAUGAAACACCGGUUCAGUAUCUGCUUCGUUUACAUCCAGAACAAGAAGGACUCAGCAAACAGGAGGCUGUUCGGGCAAAGUUGGGCAAGUUUGGACUUCCCAGCCACAACCACCUAACUCCUAUUGCAAAACUAUCCGGUGGGCAGAAGUCGCGUGUGGUUUUCACUUCCAUAUCCAUGUCUAAGCCGCACAUUCUACUGUUGGAUGAACCGACUAAUCAUUUGGAUAUGCAAAGUAUCGAUGCAUUGGCAGAUGCGCUUGAUGAGUUCACUGGAGGUGUUGUCCUCGUCAGCCACGACUCGAGGCUUAUAUCACGCGUCUGUCAAGAUGAAGAAAGGAGCCAGAUAUGGGUAGUGGAAAACGGAACUGUUGAGGCUUUCCCUGAUACAUUUGAAGAUUACAAGGAUGAGCUUGUCAAGGAAAUCAGGGCCGAGGUUGACGAUUGAUUUGUUUCGCAUGAGGUUCUGAGUUAUUAAGAAAUAAAAAGACCAUAAUUUUACUAUCAAGAUUUGCCUUUAUUACCUUUAAAAAAGUAAAGAAAAAAUAUUUGCGUUUAUUUGGUGUAGUAAUAGUGAGUGUAUUUUUCCGAUAGUGCAGUAGGGGUCUGAUCAUUUUGCGGGUACAGAUGUUCCCUGAUUACUUUUACUUGUAAUUUUACUCUAUUUUGAAAAUUUUGGCCUUGGAACUCGCUUUAUAUCCUUAAUUUUUUUGUUUUCAUGGGAAUUUGCAGCUGUUACUUUCUUGUUUAAUAGGUGGAAGCUUUUGUGGAUUAGAAUAUGCAGCAUGUGUAGAAGUACAAGUAGUCCUAGAUCCUAGAUACAAGGAAAUAGAGGAUAUUAUGCUAAUUAAGGGGGGUGUAUUAGUUCAAGACUUUAAUAGAUUUCUGCAAAUUUUUAAAGUCUGGGUGUAUUAGUUCAAGACUUUUAAAAGUCUUUUAAAGUCUGGGUGUAUUAAUUCAAGACUUUUAAAAGUCUAUAAAAAUCUAGGUGUAUUCGUUCAAGACUUUUAAAAGUCUAUGAAAAUCUGGGUGUAUUCGUUAAUCUAUGGACUUUAAAGUUGGAAUGACUUUCAUUGAUUUCAUUAAAAAAAUAGGCAUGAACAAAUCCGAAGACCAACCACAAGAAUUCACAAAUCUUACAAAAUCCCCGUGCUCGUUGGGUGUCAGCGCUCGCGGCCAAGAAGCCAGCGACCGCUGGACCCAGCGCUCGUGGCAAACGGUUACAGUGCUCGCUGGGCUUAAUCAAUCAAUGCAAGGGAAAAAAGAAGCGCAGACUUGACUUUCAACAGGUGCUUGAGAAAUAUUGAUUGUGAGGAAACAGUAGCAUUGCAUUGGUGUCCUUGUUUUUCUUUCAAAUCAUUUGGAAAAUGCAGUUGAAAAUUCAAAGAUGCUCUACUUUUGAUUUGGUUAUUAUUAUCUUUAUAUAUAUUAAUGGUUGGUGUCGUUGACUUUGGUGAGGAGAAUGAGAUGCCGGGGAAGAGGGACGCAGUCAUGAAAUCGUCAGCUGUGACUGUGAAUCAGACUACCAUUAAUUCCUUGUUAAUUUGGGUGGGAAACCAUUCAUCUCGACGCGAUCGCUGGGCUUCAGCGAGCGCUGGGCCUCAAGCGCUCGCGAGGUCCCCACGCCCGCUGGCUUUGUGGGUUUCAAUUCCGAGAAAAUCACGACAAAUUCUUGCUAAUUCAUUAAAAAUCCGACCAAGAAUUCAUUCAAAAUCAUGAAGAAUCCGUGAGAAUUCUGUAGACUUUUAAAAUCUACAUAAGUCUACACCCCCUAAAUCUUUGAAGCCUAUGAAUAAGAAAAAAGAAAUUUAAUUUUGCGCUGUGUCGGUAAUGCUCUCGCCAGCUUGCAACUGCAUCGAAAUUUCGAAGGAAACAAAAGUCAAGGUGAUCCCACCACCUAUUUACAUCUAUAUAUGAUGAUGAUGGUAGUGAGGAAGAAGUGAUUAGUAUAGAGAAUGUAAAAAGGAUGCCUAAAGUGUAUGAUGAUUGGGAGAGGCUGGUGAGAGCUGCGGUGCGAAAACAAGAACUCUGGCAAUUGUUUCACGACCACUCGAGGACUCCGAGCGGCGGCUCCACCGCCUCGGGGACCAGCGGCAGCCCUGCUUCAGCUUCUCCUAAGACUGUGAGAAGCCGCGUUUCGCCUUUGAUCAGUAGCCACACUGUUGCUGCUGAGGUGCUUCCGAGUAGCUCCACCACACGUGCUUCGCCUGUGACUCCGAAUGACGAGCAGAAGCAGCAGAUGAAGAGAAGGAAAUCGAGGUUGCGUCUGGAUCGAUGGAUUUUCACUCGAUGGCUUUCUAAGACCUUUCACUCCACUUCGCCAUAGCAGCUCAAUGCUCUACAUAUAUGCUCAACUUCGUUUCUCAUCUCAAGUCCUUGUAAUAAAGAAAGCCUCUCUCCAACAUGUAUCCAAGAUAGAAUGAGUUGGAUGGUGAUCAAUGCAUAUAUAAAGAUAGGAACCAAGUGUUUAACAUUAUAAUCUAAUUUUUAUUCGACAUUUAUGCUCAAUUUAUUACUA